AUGGAGCCCUGGUGGGGCGUAUUCUACCUCACGUUCCUGUGUUCUCUGAUGCACAUCCGAGGUCAAGGUGACUUUGAUUUGGCCGCUCUUGAUGACCCCGAGCCCACGAAGAAGCCGAGCUCAGAUAUCUACCCAAAGCCGACGCCUCCCCACCAGCCACAGCCUGGAAAUCCCGACAACAGUGGAAAUAUCUAUCCAAGGCCAAAGCCACUGCCACGUCCCCAGCCUGGCAGCUCUGACAACAGUGCAGGUGGAGAUGGCUACCCCUCGUACGGCAACCCACAAGGCAACAGGUUAGCAAAAAUCGUGUCUCCUAUCCUGUGCGGGGUGCUGGUGACCCUGGUGGGGGCAGCGGCCAGCUAUUUCCAGUACAACAGAAGGAGGAAUUGUUGCAGGACAAAUGGCCCGAAGCUCCGCGCGGAUCGCCUGGACACGACGCCUCCGCCAGGCCCGGCUCGAGGCCGCCCCCGCGCCCAGGCGCACUUGGCCGCCCGGUGCCCACGGCGCGCUGGGCCUCAGACCAUGCCUGCCUCGCCCCUCGAGGUCAGGCUGGAGGCGGAACUGGUUAUUCCGAUAAAGAUCCAGGGUUAA